CUCUUUCUAUAUAAGUUCCAACCUUUUUGUAAGAUUUUUCAGAAAGGAAAAAGGCCUUUUUUAUGCUUUCUGGGUAGGCGGAUAAGAACUCUUUUCUUCGAAGGUUGUGUUUAUUUUAUUGUUUUAGAGAGAAAAGAGGAAAUGGGGUCUUUUGGAAUGCUUGCUAGAAGAGCUGUGCUUACCGAGACACCAGUUAUGGUUCAGAUACAAGAACUGGUUCGAGGUAAUAAAGAUUGUAUUUCUCUAGCUCAGGGAGUAGUGUACUGGCAACCACCUGCUCGAGCACUUGAAAAAGUGAAAGAAGCUAUCUGGGAACCUUCAGUUAGUCGCUAUGGUGCCGAUGAGGGCCUUCCUGAGCUUAGGGAGGCGUUGAUUCAAAAGUUGGGUCGUGAAAAUAACCUACAUAAAUCCUCAGUGAUGGUUACUGCUGGUGCAAAUCAGGCUUUCGUAAAUGUCGUUCUCACACUGUGUGAUGCUGGCGAUUCGGUCGUUAUGUUUGCACCAUACUAUUUCAAUGCACACAUGUCAUUCCAGAUGACAGGUGUUACUGAUAUUCUGGUGGGUCCUGGUGACGCAAAGACACUCCAUCCUGAUGCAGACUGGUUGGAGAGUACUCUAAAGAAGACUGUACCAACCCCAAAGCUUGUCACUGUUGUUAAUCCCGGCAAUCCAUCAGGAACAUAUAUCCCUGAGUCCCUUCUUAAGAGGAUAUCUGAUAUUUGUAAGGAAGCGGGAUGUUGGCUCGUAAUUGAUAACACAUAUGAGUAUUUCAUGUAUGAUGAUCGGAAGCAUGUUUGCAUAGAAGCAAACCACAUUGUCAACAUUUUUUCCUUCUCCAAAGCAUAUGGGAUGAUGGGAUGGCGAGUUGGAUAUAUAGCAUACCCAUCGGAAGUGGAAGGGCUCGCAGCUCAACUCCUUAAAGUUCAGGACAACAUACCGAUUUGUGCUUCAAUAAUCUCACAACGACUGGCUCUUUACUCAAUGGAAAUGGGACCAGAAUGGGUAACUAAUCAAGUUAAAGACCUUGUCAAGAACAGAGAAGUGCUUCAAGAAGCCUUAUCUCCUUUGGGAGAAGGAGCUGUUAAAGGAGGAGAAGGUGCCAUUUACCUGUGGGCAAAGCUGCCAGAUAAAUACAUGGACGACUUCAAAGUAGUUCACUGGCUAGCUAAGAGGCAUGGAAUAGUUCUGAUCCCUGGAAGUUCCAGUGGUUGUCCAGGUUAUGUUAGGAUCGCCUUUGGAGGAUUGAUUGAGAAGGACUGUCGAGUAGCUGCAGAAAGACUCAGAAAAGGUUUGGAAGAGCUGGUAAAUAGUGGAAUGGUUUCAUGAUUCUCUCAGACUAAAAUUUAGUGUCAGCUGGUUCUCCUUGACAUCAGUCAUCAACAAAACCAUGAAAGACACUUUCUAUCCUUUAAUAAAUAAUUGAAGGGUUUUAAGCUUUGCAAUUUGAUCAUUGGAAAUGCAAGCUAAAACUUGCCAUUCUGUAUAGUUUGAACUGAAGUAUUUCAGACACCUAAUUUUCUUAAAUGGAUGAUGGAAGUGUCUCAUUU